CUACCCGAUUGUGCCGAAGCGUCCAGGAAGGCCCUCGAUGGUGUGGCCGUGUGUCCGCUCCUCCACCAGCCGCUCGAAGGAAUCGAAGGCAGCCGGAGGCUCCAGCCGGAACUUGAGCUCCUCGAUGCCGCGGAUCUUGAGCAGAGACGACACACACGAAACGCCGAAUUCGCCGGCGGCAUCGCCAUCGCCCAAAUCCUCGGGCACUGCACACACGCGCACACACACACACACACACACACACAGGCCGCCAUUGCAGCGACAUUCAGCGAGGACAGCAAGCCGAUGACAGACACUCUCUGCAGUUUACCCUCAACGCAAACAUGCAGCCGCUCGAUGCUCGGCAGCUCGCCCGCCUUGUCUCCCCACCGAAGCCCCUCCUCACUCACACCCCUCAUGUGCCUGACCUCACACCGCACCGGGCCGCCGCCGCCGCCCACUGCCUCCAGCACCCCCACCGUAUCCGCCUCUAUCGUCUCAUGCAGCUCGAUAUCUCUGACCGCCGGCAUCUUCGACGCCAGCUUUUUGCCGAUCGCGUACGCCUUGCUGCUGUAGAUGUAGAGGCGCGAUGCGGUGGGAAAUGCGCUGGCGGGCAGCUUGUCGAUCACCGUGGGGUUGGGCGGCUCGGCGUCAGCGUCAGGCUCCCACUGGGCCCCCAAGAAGCCCUCCUGCUCGAAGACCUCCACUUGGUCUGCCUUGAGGAAGGUCAUGGAUUGGGCGAGGGCCACGGCAGAUGGGCUGGGUGUGUCGAGGGGGUGGUGAAGUGGUGGGGGCCGAUGACGAAGCACGCCGUCGGUG